AUGAAGAGACCGAAGGCUGGUAAUCCCAGCAUCGGACGCCGGUUCACAGACUGGAGACCAAAACCUGCACCGCCCAAGAACAGACCUACCGAGACUAACAUGUCCACGACGAGGAAGCCGGCGAAGAAGAAGAGGAAGAUCUCAGCCAAGAGGCCAGCAAAGAUAGCCACGAGCGAAGACCAUGACAACGAUGAUGGCGAUGAUUACUAUGUGCCCUCGGAGUAUGACCAAGACUCUGACAGUGACGCAAGCAGCAUCAUGUCGGUCGAUGCCAAAGAAAUGGGUGAUGGCGUACAAGAAAAGCUUGGUAGAGAUGGCAAGGUCAUCAGAUCUCGAGGCCCAGUCAAGGACUAUGCGCUUGUGGAAGAAGCAGUCGUAUCAGAUGAAUCAUGGAAAAAAUCUGGUGCAUACCACAGGCAACAAUUCAAGGCUCUGCUCGCCGAGCAGAAAUUCAACGCAGACGCCGAAGUCAAUGACGCAGAUGUCCCAACUGUCGAAUGUGACGUCCAGGGCGAGGAUGACGACGAGGAGGCUAGUUUUGGCCUGCAGCGCGCACCAGAUGAGACCAGGGAGGAGUUCCUCGCGUCCAUGACACCGGAUUAUGUCUACAAAGAUGGCAACAAGAUUUAUUCACCCGCCUACAAAAAAGCUAUUUGGAAGGAACCACACAAAGGCAAAAAUGGAACUGUCGAGUGGAAGGCCAAGGCAACUGACCGGCUGAAUGUCUAUCCCGAUGGCUCAAUUGCAUUGCGCCGGAGAUUUGACUUGGAGACUUCUGCAACUGAAGGAAUGCGACCUAACAGAAAGAAGCGGAUGGAAGAGGACGGCAAGGAAGAGACAGAGUAG